GUUGGAAGUAUAAUAUAAUUUGCAUCUUGGUCAAGAUGGAGGCACUGAUCUUGGAGCCCUCCCUGUACACUGUCAAGGCCAUCCUGAUUCUGGACAAUGAUGGAGACCGACUCUUUGCUAAGUACUAUGAUGACACCUACCCUAGUGUCAAGGAGCAAAAGGCCUUUGAGAAGAACAUUUUCAACAAGACCCAUCGGACAGAUAGUGAAAUUGCCCUGUUGGAAGGGCUGACAGUGGUCUAUAAAAGUAGCAUCGAUCUCUAUUUCUAUGUGAUUGGCAGCUCCUAUGAAAAUGAGUUGAUGCUUAUGGCUGUUCUGAAUUGCCUCUUUGACUCCUUGAGCCAGAUGCUGAGGAAAAAUGUAGAAAAACGAGCUCUGUUGGAGAAUAUGGAGGGACUCUUCUUGGCUGUGGAUGAAAUUGUGGAUGGAGGGGUGAUCCUAGAGAGUGACCCCCAGCAAGUGGUGCACCGGGUGGCUUUGAGGGGUGAAGACGUCCCCCUUACUGAGCAGACCGUGUCUCAGGUGCUACAGUCCGCAAAAGAACAGAUCAAGUGGUCCCAAGAUGUUCUGUGCUCGGUUCCUUGCCCCUCAAAACCCCACAUCUGCUGUGACUUCUUAUCCAGGCCCCCAGCAGAUGCUCUUAGGGUCAUCUUGGAGAAUCACAGUGGUCCCUUGUCUCUCUCGCCUUUCUAGGGUCUCCCUCCCCUUCCUUUCCUCUC